UCAGUUGCUAAAGGAAAAAAACAGCCGCUUCCGUGUUGUUCUUGUGAUAUUUUGGCAAAUAACUGUCGUUAGCAGAGCCGGAGCUCGUCUGACAGCCUCGCCGGAGUGUGACUAUCAUGAUUUUGUGAAGCUGACACACAGUUUCAGCUUUUCUCGCCCGACAUGUCGCUGCUGCAGAGCUCCAAGAAAAAAGACAAGCGUAUUUUGUCUGGUACCUGCCCAGACCCGAAAUGUCAGGCGAGGCUAUUCUUCCCCGCUUACGGCUCCAUUAGCAUCGAGUGCACGGAGUGUGGUCAACGCCACGAACAGAAGAACCUGUUAAAUGUCGAAGAAGUGACUGACCCAGAUGUUGUGCUCCACAAUCUGCUCAGAAACGCCCUGCUCGGCGUCACCGGGGCCCCGAAGAAAGGCACGGAGCUGGUGAAAGUAAUGGGGCUGUCUAAUUACCACUGCAAGCUGCUGUCCCCGGUCCUCACCAGGUACGGCAUGGAUAAACAAACCGGCAAAGCCAAGCUGCUGAGCGAAAUGAACCAAGGUGAGAUGUUUGACUGCUCGCUCCUGGGAGACAGAGCUUUCCUGAUUGAGCCGGACCAUGUGUCCACCAUGGGCUACGGCAAGGACAGGUCCGGGAGCCUCAUAUACCUCCAUGACACUCUGGAGGAGGUCAAGAAAGCCAACACCAACAGGGAAUGUCUGAUCCCGGUCCAUGUAGAUGGAGACGGGCACUGCCUGGUCCAUGCUGUGUCCAGAGCGCUGGUGGGCAGAGAACUGUUCUGGCACGCCCUGAGAGAAAACCUGAAACAGAACUUCAAGCAGAACCUGGACUGCUAUAAGGCCCUCUUUCAGGAUUUUAUUGAUGCUGCCGAGUGGGAGGACAUCAUCAAUGAGUGUGACCCCCUGUUCAUCCCACCUGAAGGCGUGCCUCUUGGCCUACGCAACAUCCAUAUAUUUGGUCUAGCCAACGUCCUCCACCGACCCAUAAUCCUGCUGGACUCCCUGAGUGGAAUGAGGAGCUCUGGGGAUUAUUCGGCCACCUUCCUGCCCGGGCUGGUGGCCGAGGAGCAGUGCAGGGGGAAAGACGGGAAGCUCAACAAACCCAUCUGUAUCGCCUGGAGCAGCUCGGGCAGGAACCACUACAUCCCUCUGGUGGGAAUCAAGAACACUGUGCUGCCCAAACUGCCUGCGCGCCUGCUGCCGAAGGCUUGGGGCGUCCCUCAGGAGCUCAUCAAGAAGUACAUCAAGCUGGAGCCAGACGGGAGCUGUGUGAUCGGCGGUGACCGCAGCCUGCAGGAUAAAUAUCUGAUGCGGCUGGUAAACGCCAUGGAGGAGGUGUUCAUGGAGAAGCACAACAUCCACCCAUCGCUGGUGGCUGAUGUGCACCAGUACGUCUACAGGCGCACCGGGGUUAUUGGCAUCCAGCCUGAAGAGGUGACCGAGGCAGCUAAGAAGUCGGUGAUGGAGAACCGGCUGCACCGCUGCCUGAUCUGUGGCGCCCUCUCUGAGCUCCAUGUCCUGCCGGAGUGGCUGGUUCCUGGUGGGAAGCUCUACAACUUGGCCAAAUCCACUCAUGGCCAGCUGCGGCCGGACAAGAACUACAGCUUCCCCCUCAACAAUGUGGUCUGCUCCUAUGACCCCCAGAGAGACGUCCUUGUCCCAGAUUAUAAACUGAGCUCCCUCAACACCUGCAACUGGUGUCACGGCACAUCGGUCCGCCACAUCCGGGGCAACGGGUCGGUGGUUUACCUGGAUGGAGACCGAACCAACACCCGGUCCCAGGGUGGGAAGUGUGGGUGCGGCUUCAAACAUUUCUGGGAGGGGAAGGAGUAUGACAACCUCCCUGAGGCCUUCCCCAUCACGUUGGAGUGGGGGGGUCGGGUGGUGAGAGAGACGGUGUACUGGUUCCAGUAUGAGACUGACCUUGCUUUGAACAGCAAUGUGUAUGAUGUGGCCAUGAAGCUGGUCACCAAGCACUUCCCGGGGGAGUUUGGCAGCGAGAUCCUGGUGCAGAAAGUAGUCAACACCAUCCUGCAUCACACCGCCAAGAAGAACCCAGACGAAUACAACCCAGUGUCCAUCGACGGGGCUCAUGUCCAGCGUCUCACCGACACUGCGGAGACUCAACCGGCGGUGGAUCCCCAGCCGCCCACUAAGAUCAUCUUGACUGGUCAGAAAGCAAAGACGCUCCACAAAGAGGAGCUGACGAUGAGCCGAGCGGAGCGCAGCAUCCAGCAGAGCAUCAGCGAGCAGGCCCUCAUCACGCAGAAGCGACGGACUGACAAGCUAAAGCAGGAGCAGAAGGGCCACGGCCGGACGUCUUCCCCCCGUGGGUCUCCGGAAAUCUCCUCCUCCUCUUCAGCUCCAGCCACGCCCACCAAAUCCUCCUCCCCCUCCUCGUCCAAUAAGGAGAAGAAGAUCCGUGUGACCACCAGUGAUGGCAGGCAGGCCAUGCUGACCCUGCAGGCCCACACCACUUUCUCAGAGCUGCAGAGGAGCAUCGCCAACCAGUUUGGCGUGCCGCCGGCGCAGCAGUGUAUCCGCUACGGCUUCCCGCCCAAAGAGCUGCUCCCCCCGAAGGAUGGCGAGGAGAAUGAGCCAGUGGCCCUGCAGCACGGCGACAGGGUGACGGUGGAGAUACUGAGGGGCCCCGAGGACAAGAGCCCCGCGGCCUCCAUACCCAGAGCCUCCAGCUCGCACUCCGCCCUGCACUCGGCGAAGACCGAGGAUGCCGUGACGUCCGGCAGGAGCAGCCGUGAACUCCAGGACAGCAUCGACCUUGAGAUGUCCUCUCUCUGUCUCCUAGCAACCCUGAUGGGCGAGGACGUUUGGUCAUAUGCAAAGAAGCUGCCGCACUUAUUCCAGCAGGGUGGAGUCUUCUACAACAUCGUCAAGAAGGACAUGGGCCUGAUGGAUGGGAAGCACUGCACGCUGCCUCACCUGACGGGGAAAACGUUUGUUUAUAACGCAGCAGAGGAGCGCCUGGAGCUCUGUGUAGAUGCUGCUGGUCAUUUCCCUGUCAGCCCUGAUGUGGAGGAGCUGGUGAAAGAGGCGCUGGUCCAGCUGCGCUCUGAGGCGGCCUCCAGGGGCAGCAGAGAGGGGAGUCCAUCCCACGGCGUGCUGCGGCUUGGCAGUGGCGGCGUUGUCCGUAAGAAGGAGCAGCUGCAGAGCGUCACUGCCUUCCAGGGUAAGGGCCACUCUCUGGGCAGCGCCGGGGCCUCCUCCCCUCCAGAGCACCGGCCCAUCACGCGCCAGCACAGCAGUGGUGUGGACCUGAGCGCCAGCGUGUCCCGAGGCCCCCCAGACCUGUCGGACAUCCCUGAGGACACCACCAGGGAGCUGGUUCGCAUGGCUCCAGGCUUCGUCACCAUGAAGGACGGGCGUGGUCUGGACCCCAGCCUGAUGGAGCAGCAGCGGAAGAAACUGCAGGAGAUGGUCUCCUCCAUCCAGGCUUCCAUGGAGCGCCACCUGAGAGAGCAGCAGAGCGCCGGCGCAGGGGACGAGGCCAGACAAGAGCGGACUGGCGGGACGAGGACGGGCACAGGCCAACCAGCAUCUACAGUCGACCACGAACCUCCAGCGGCAGCGGGUGCGACGAUGGCGAGCAAACCAGAUGGGAAGGCGGAGGAGCCGGAGGAGAUGGAGAGUCAGGACGCCGGGCAGAGCAACGCCACCGAACCCAUGGAUCACUCCUGAUCACUCCUGAACCCCAGCACCGCCCCGCCCCCGCCCCGCCUCCGCCCCGCCUCGCCGGCAUCUUUGGGUCAUAACGCCUCAGGUCGGAUCCUAAAGCUUUGGUCUUCAUCGUGUUUCGUUGUCUGUUCUGCAUGACUAAAGAGCGAGCCGACCGUCCUCACCUCUCUGCAGACUCGCGGUGGGACAGUAAUCCAUGAGGCGAUAUAUAUUGAGACGCGCUGCUUGCGAUACAUCAUCACGACAUUAUCACACCUCUGCUGCAGUGCUGAGGCUGCUGUGUGUGUGUGUGUAUGUGUGUGUGUGUGUGUGUGUGUUUAUACUCUAUGCACUUUGGUACACACUCUCUCAUCUCAGCUGCCACACCUGAAACUUCACAAUGCAGUAAAUAAUAAACAAACACAACACGAUUCAUUUCUGCUUUUGAGAGAAAUUAUUUUGCCUUUCUUAGAUAAGUUCUUCUCAGCUGAUGAUGUAUCGUAACUGACCGUCUUGCAUUAUAUCGCAGAGCGGCGUGCGUGGUGACAGGAUUGUAUCUUUAGCCCUGUGAUUCCCACCUGCAGACCGUUUAAUCCUCUCGCUACAAACACGCACACCGAGAUCGGAGGCCAAAACACCGCUCGGAUUCACGCGUGAGACGCAUUCCUGUAGAUAGAAGAAUCCUCUGAGUCUUAAUCUGCCACCAGGAGGAGAGCUGCCGGUCGCCGGCAGCAUAAUGUCCUGCAAACAUGCUUCCGUUUAAGUGCACGCUCUGAGAAAGGUGCACCAGCCUCUGUACGCAUCAACGCCUUCAUCGCCGAAAUCUGCUUUUCCACCGUCCGUCCGUCUGUCUGUCUGAGGACCACGGGGAGAACUUUGGAUCUGUGUUUGCUUGACUGCCUGACUUGACCUGAAAUUAAUUUUUUUUCCUCCCCAACGGUCACCACAUAAAGUUUUCGUUUCCCUAAUAGUGAUUGAUGUGAAGCGCCUGAAUGCAGCUUCAGACCAACCAGUGCCACCUGCAGGUGAGGAGUGUUCUCAGUAUUUUUUGCAUUUUAAACCUUUAAAAUGUUAGUUGUGUUUAUUCCGUAAGACAGAGCAACAUCACAAGUCCGCUGUCCGCAGACUGUGGCAGAUAUCAUCGUCUGCUGGCCGAGAAAAAUGUCAAAUAUAUAAACAUCAUUUUCCUCUUACCUGUAAUGAUACUUAUUAGUCUAGAUUGUUCUGAUGUGAGGUGCCGAAUGAUUGCGAUAUCAGCUAUAGAGAUGUCUGCCUUCUCUCCAGUAUAAAGGAACUAGAUAUCACUCAGCUUGUGGUGCUCAAAGCAUCAAAAAAGGACACUUGUAAAACUCAACAUCAAUGUCUCUUUCCAGAAAUCUAACCCAGUUACUCGAGAUAAUCUACAGACCUUGUUGUGAGCAGUUUCAUUAAGGGAAUAUUUUCUUUCUACCAAACUACACCCGCCAACUGUAUCACUGCAGAGAAUGAGGAGUGCAUUUACCUCUAGCUCACGUAGCAUCGCUGAGCUAGUUAACGCUACAGCUCAGCCGAGGAGGACGCCACAAUGUUAACAUCUCGUGCUGUCACAGGCAGGAGCCUCACGUCCAUAAGCAGAUGCUUCCUUCUCUGCAGUGAUACAGUUGGUGGGUGUAGCUUAGAAAAAUGAAAAUAUGUCCCACAUGAAUCUGCUCACAACAAGGUCUGUGGAUUAUCUGUGUCUGCCGUCAAGUAACUCCAUCAUAUUGGAGAGAAGGCAGACGUCUCUACAGCUGAUAUCUCCAACACUCAACAACUCACACCAGAACUAUCUAUACUGAUAAAUAGCACAACAGAUAACUGGAAGAAUGCAUAUUUUUGGGGGGUGAACGGUCCCUUUAAGAAGAUCAUAUUAGUUGGGCUCUGUUGGCAAACAAAUACCAAAAAGAACUUUAAAUGUACAUUGAUUCUGAAUAAUUGAACUGUCAGGUUCGCUGUGAUUAAAAUCCUCCUCGUCUUGAAUGUUCACUUGUACAACAGUUCACUCUGGACAGAUGACAGAUAAUUAUAUUAUUAAAGACACAUGUAUCUGAUGGUCAAGUGCCUGAAAAAGCGUCACGUGCCAUGAACACGUUAAAUAAAUGAUAAAUCUCCAGAAGCAGCCAUAAGCUGUUUCACUUUGAGUAUUUAAUAUCAACUGGAGGUCAGUGUGGCACAGUGAUGUCACGCAGUUUGUAUAAAAAAACAAACACACACACACACAAAGAAAACUUAAAGUUUUAAAAACUGCAACAGUAACACUUGUUUCCUGCAGAUGGCACAAUUUAAAAAUCAUUCUCCAGAACAGUCCUGCUGUUCCACCUGGUUUUCUGUCUGCAAAACUGAAACUUUGAAAUACGAGUAUGUGAACACAACCUUGGCUGUGGACUUUAAAAGCUACAACAAAGCUGUGUUUGGUGGAACACCAACAAAAUAAUUUGUCUUUGUGAAGGAUAUACUGUGCAGGAUUGUAAUUUAGUGUUAAAGUCAAAAGUAAAAGCCAACCCCAUAUUCACUUCGGUGUGAUGUUUUGCCACACUAUUUUUGUUCGGCACUGUGUCUCUUGGAUGCCUGCUGCUUACAGUCUGGCCCCUGAUCGCUAAGUUUUUAUAAACUGGUUUAUAGCAGAUCCUAAAAAAAUCUUAAGAGGCAUUGAAUUAAUUAAUGUAAAAACAAAUAGGCCUCAAUUGGAAUUAAAAAAUGUCUUGAAUGAAUCUUUCAAAAGUUAAAAUGCCAAGACAUGAGAAGUAUGACUUUAUCAAGCGUUUAUGUUCUGCUGCUGCAAACGCAGAUCAGGAAAGUGAAACCAACAACAUGAAGAUCCACUGUCUGCUAGCUGUCACUGUACCCUGCACGACACAGGGAAGUGGAAAUUCAACGAAAUUGGCUCUUUCACAGAGAGAACAUGGCUGAAACGAGGCUCGUGUAUUUGAUCCUACAAGUUUUCCAAACUCGGCAUGACUCCCACAUGCAGAGUGAGAAACAUAAAACCGUUCUGUUCUACCAUUGUCUCUGCAACAAGACAAAAAAAUGUCUCCUUCAGUUUUGGCUAUUGUAAAAUUGUCUUAAAUGUAAUUCCAACAGGCAUUAUAAAGUCUUAAAGAUUAUUUAAUCUAACUUGCCUUGACCUUGUAUAAAGUAGCGACCUCCCCUGAGCACAGCGGGGGUUAAAUGCCCAUAAACAUCCCCAACACAAAAAAUAAGUAAGGAUUACUUCUGUAUGAGUUUGUUUAGAAAAAUCCUGCAUAGUAUUCCUUUAAAUUUACUUUGUAACGUGGAGAGAAACCUUUAGCUUUGUUUCAGAUUUUAAGGAGCUGUGUAAAGGUGUGGCAGGUGUUUUGAACUGGUCUGAGAACCAGUGAACAGCUCCCCCUUGUGGAGAAACUAGAGUCCGGUCCAUGAGGUGGAAAACCAAAAAAAAAAAAACGAGUGAAUGGGUAAAAAAAUCAGUCAUUACGCUCUUGGCUUUUUAAAUACUUUUCCUAAGUCAAGAAAAUCUAAAUAUUUAUUUACUUUUUUCCGGAAAUUUCAUCUAAUUUGAUCUUAAAUGUUAAGUUGCUAAAAGCAGUUUAAAGUUGGCCAGUGAAAAGUCAGAGAAAUAUUAAUGAAGACAAGUUUUCUUUGCUCUGAAGCUGCGGUCACAUUACUCCAUUCAACAAAACUGCGCUGAGAAAAGGACAUGAUGACCACAAACUGUCUGUCGGUGUGACGCUGUUCGAAACAUGCUGCUAGUAUGGAGACAGACUUGUGUCAGUAUUAUUUGUGUUCAGAUCUGUGACAAUCCAUGUGUAAAUAUAAAACACCUUCUACAGAAACAAAUACACUCAAAAAUAUUUGCAAAUAUAAAACUGCCCUACAAAUAUACAUACACUGCAUAUACCCACAGGCAUUUGUGAAUCCAGUUUUUAUUUGGGAAUCAAAAAAACAAUUCUGUGCUUGCAGAUUUGCAUUUUACACAGUUUUGAGACAAAUGUUUCACCAGUCUGAACGAAAUCCACUCGUAUCACUCAUAUUCAGAUAGCAAGGCUUUUCAUUUAUUUUUAGAUUAAUUUAAUAUAAUGACAGAUUUUUUUGUUCAGGAAUUUGUGUAGAGGCAGAUCCAUUUUACAUUUGCAAAAUGUUUUUGUUAGUUUACAAAUUUGUUUUGCAUUUGUAGAGACUUAAAUAUUUACAGAUUUAUGGUGAUAGAUUCGUGUCAGUGUAAAUUUGUGAACAAAUAGACAAUCUGUAAAUUUGUAAUCUGUAAAUAUUUAAACACCUUUUACAAAAACAAAUACAAAAAAAGUUUUGUAAAGUAAAAAAAUAUUUAGCAAACUAAAAACGGAUCUGCAUGUACAUGAACAAACCCAACAAUUUAAAAAAAAUUAAAAAAUCUGUGAAUGCACUAAUUUAAAAAUAAAUGAAAAGUACUGGUGAGUAUCUCACAAACGUUAAACGUUUCUUCCUGAAAACUAAAUGAAAAUACACUAGUAUCUAUCAUUUUCGGAUAGCACGUGAUCGCCUGCUGACAACUUCAUUUCUGCAUUUCAAAGUAAGAUGACGCAGUUGUUCUUAGGUUAGAAAAAUAUUCACAAAUGCUUUUCAUUUAUUUUUAAAAUCAUUUAACGUAUUCACAGAUUUUGUCUUAUUUGUGUAUUUGCAGAUCUGUUUUAUAUUUGCAAAAUAUUUUUGUGAGUUUACAAAUCAUGUUUUUGGAAAGAGUUUUAUAGUUACAGAUUACACAUUGACGCAAGAACUGUUGACGUGUUCACACAAAAAAAUAUUGACACAAAUCUAUCUCCAUACGCUAUAACAGUAACUCAAUGCCCAAACUCUGUGCAGCAGAGUUUCUGUUGGCUGAACGUGUAUAUCCACACCGACAAAGUUGGCGAAAAUUUCCUUCAAUGCGUCCGUUGUUAAAGCAAGAGUGUGAUGUGCCGUCCCUUCACUGUCUUUGGUUCAUGUUUAAAACGACCCAUUUAAAAAAAGAAGAAAAAGGCCAAAGAUAAACCUGGUUCAAGUUUUAAGUCCAGUGUAAAAAAUGUGGAUCUGAUAUUUGGUGAAAGAGGCUCGCCUGCUUCUGUCCUAUGCAAAGAAAUCUUCACUGAACUUCCAAAUAAAAACCUCUAAAUACACAUGUGAGAAUCACAUGAAUCUGAUAAACCCACAGCAGAGAGGUUUUAUAUCCAGUUUCUGCUGAAACCGUCCCCCAGACUGCAGAUAAAAUAUAGUUUUAAUUUAUUUUUUUAUUUCCUCUGCUUCUUUUCUUUAGUUUUGCAGUCAGACGUGCAGGGAGGAAAAGCAACAAAACAUGUCUUUACAAGCAUCUUCUCACAGUGUCGCAGCUUCUUAUGAAACAUCAGUUAAGAUAAGAUAAGAUGUGGACAGUCUGUGCGGAUAGUUGAGAGUGAUUUGAUUUAUUCAUGGAUCUGAAAAACACUCCAGUCUGAAGAGCAACAUGUUGAAGUCAGAACACUUUUGACUUUUGGUCAGUCUCUCCAGAUUUUGUCUCAUCGUCUCAGUCACAACGAAGGGAAAUCUUGACGCUCCAGCACACAGAGAGUUUAGACUGGAGGUUUUCAGAGCAGUAGGUCAUGUGUUACACUCAAAGAUUUCAUGUUGAGGUUUUCACAUACUUUUGGCCCUGUAGUGCGCGUCUCCUCCGGUGCUUGGUCAUUCACAAAGUGUGUGUGUGACAGAUCCUUGUCCGGUUUCCAUCUGAAUUUAGCUCUGUAUACUCUUGCAGGGGAAGUAUUUUGCAGCAGCAGGAUUAAAGAGUCUUAAUCUUCUUUUAUACACUCAUUGAAGGUUUAAUCAAACAACCUGCUGCCUGUAUCUCACUGUGACCUCACAGAAGUUUUUGACCAAGAAUUCAUGCACCAAUUCUAGUAUGUCAUCUUGACCCCUUCAUGGAGCUACAAAUAUUUUUCCCUGAGCGUCUCUGAGUGACCGGGGAAAAAAGCAUGACUCUCCCACCACCAUGAAUGACCAUAUUUACACAAAAUGAAGUAUGGAGCGUUACCAUCUUCAGUGUUCUUAUAUUUCAUUUGGACCAUUGGCUCCAUGAUACUAACUAGCUUGCCGUCUGCAGAUUACUUUAUCAGCUGACAUUGUUGAUCAUUUCUGUUUUCACUGUGAUAAAGGAUGUAAUUUGGGUGAUUUUAUUUAUUUAUUUUUAUUGACCGUUUAAAGUUGAGUGUCCUUCCCCAAAGCCAAAUAAAAAACGUCCUCCCCAAGUCCUCCCUGGUUUUGCACCACCCUCUCCCCUCUCAUAAUUACCGAACAGUCCCUAAGUUUUGUGAGUUCUUGUGAGGCAGAAAGUUGUUUCGACUGAUCCACAAAGAUGUGCACGUGUUUUGUGCGCUGACAUUUAUCUACGCUUUAUUGAAUCAAAAGGAUGAUGACAUAAGAGGCUCAACAGUUUGGUGCUGCUUCAGAAAACAGCUGUGGGUGAUUGACACCUUCAGUGCCUCCUGAAGUCGUGAUUAGAUGCUUAUAAAGACCUGUUUUCCCAGCAUCCUUUGUGGCUUUUCUCACUACAAUGAUCCCUUAAAGUUCUGAUUAGGACUUUCAUUUGAAUCACAGAAGGUUCAGAGUUCAGCAAAACUAGUUUCAAAGUAAGGGGUUUGACAUUUUGGGAAAUUCGCUAUUUCUCAUUCUUGCUGAGAGUUUGAUGUUCUGAUCGUUCUCGGGUUAGCUUAGCUUAGCUAAAGACUGGAAACGACACGUUAGCCUGGCUCUGUCCGAAGGUAAAUCCACCUGCCAGCUCCUCUGUUACAUCCUGUUUGUUUUAAAUCCCACAAAAAGUGUAAAAACAACCCACUGUAGUUUUACAGGUCUCUGGCCGGACUUUAGGCCAAGCUAACCAAUCACGAGCCAUCAGAACACAGAUAAGCAAAUUUCUCAAAACACUGAACUAUUCCUUUAAAAUGACUCAAAGUCAGUUUACACUUUUGUUGCCAACAAAAUGUUUUUUUUCUCCACAUCUCCAUGUUGUUGGAGGAACUGAUCGUCGGGCCUUAACAUCUGUUCAUUCUUCACAAAAUCGAUUAUUUUUACAAUAUGGUUCUUUUUUUGGUUUUACUUUUAAAUGCUUUUACCUCAUUUGUUUUAGUAUAAAUCCUCAUGUUCGACCUUAAAGAAGUCUCUUAGUGUGACCUACGUUGUUUUCUGGUUUUUGGCGAAAACAAAUCUCAAGCCUCAAAAUGUGAGUCAGUCUUUUUGUUUUCAGAUUUCUGAGGUUUAUUUUGCCGUUGGGGUGAACAAAUGUGAGACUCUGCACUUUGUUUGAGAAAAAGAGGGAAUGUUAGCGUAGCAUGCUCGUAUUAGCUGCACUUGAAUCUUCAUCAGUCAGAGAAGAAACCGGUCGGUCGGUCGGUCAGUCGGUCGGACGAAUCAAAAGGAAGAAGAGCUUGCUCAGACGACACUGCUGUAACAGACUUGAAGUUUUUGUUUGUGACUGCUGUACACUGACAUGAAUUGUAAUCCAGUUGUAUAAUAGUAUAUAUUGUAGUAUAUUUGGACCUGUACAGAAACUACAGAAACACAGAUUGUUCAGUUUCUUCAGUUCUUUUUCUUUCUUUUUUUUUUGUUAACUUCUCUCUGGUUUGCUAAUAAAAUAUUGAUGAUACACGGCUUCGACA